UUUUUUUUAUCAUUAACUAGGUAUCUAGUUAUUAGGGUUAAAUAAUAAUACUAUUAUAAUAUAUGAUAAAUUGCUAACAUACCUAUCAUUUGAAUUAUUAUAAUAUAAAAACAAUAAGUAAGGAAUAUCGUAGAACGUAUAAAACAAUGUUUUUCAACUUGAUUACAAUUAUAUAGUUAUAACAAACCACAAAUAAAACUAACAAAAUAAAAUAAACUUAAAUUUCAAACAUUGCUAUGCAGUUGAAAAUUGAAAUGCAUUCAAUCCUCAAAUCCUCAAAUCUGAUGUGAUUAUAAAAUGGAACCAGUUUUUGUUUAUGGAACGUUGAAACGAAAUCAGCCUAAUUAUUACCAUCUCAAUGACACUAAAAACGGCUGUGCUGUGUUUAGAUCAGUCGCCGUUACAGUCAAUAAAUAUCCUUUAGUAAUUUCUACUAAAUUUAAUAUACCAUUUUUGCUACAAAAAGAAGGCACUGGACAUGAAAUUAAAGGUGAAAUAUAUGAUAUUGACGCAACCAUGUUGGAAUAUUUGGACGAUUUUGAAAAUCAUCCAGAUUUCUAUAAACGACAAAAGACUCAAGUUAAAUUACCAAAUGGAGAUAUAACUGAAUGUUGGGUAUAUUUUUUACCGAAAUAUCCAGAUAGUUAUUUGAAUUUACAAUGCUUUGACAAUUAUGAUUCUUGUGGUGAACAUGGACUUCCAUAUGUCACAAGGUAUCAAAGAGAUCCAGAUGACAAAUUAUCAUUUCCCAAUUGGAAAUUAUCUAAUUAAUAAUAUUUCAAUUAUUUUCCAGUGAAGAACUACGAUUAUUAGAAUAGAAUUCAAGUUAGUCAAUAAAAUACAGUCAUAGAUUAGCUCCUCUUCUCAGUCCAAUGUUUAUUAGUAAAUCAAUUAGGUGUAAAAAACUAAAAUUAGUAUUUGCACUACACUAGUGCAUUUAAAAAAUAAAUUCAUAUCACACAUUGUUUGAAAUACAAAUGAAAUUCGUUAAAAAAAAAUAAAAUAUAUAUAUGUGUAGUAGUUAUAAUAAUUUCUAUACAAAAAAAGAUGCUAAAUUACAUUUAGGAGAAAUAAUUGCUUUCAUAUAAAUUCACACUUUUUCUUUUAAUUUUAAUUGACUAGAAAUAAUAAUUUUAACUUUGUGCUUAAUGCAGCCAAAACUUGAUAACAUUAAAUUAUUUUUAAGCAUAAUUUUAUAACUGAUUCAAAGUUACAGAACAGUUAUUUAUAUCCAUGACUUUUAUUCUAAAACAUUGUAUGUUCUGCAACACAACCAGAGCUACUUCUUCACGUCCUAAUUCAUUUAGUUGAUCAACCAAUGUGCCUGGAAAGAUAAUUAGUAAAAUGUAAUUUUAAUACAAUAUUUUGGUUUUAUUUAUUUUUACCUAUUGUUGGGGCAGGUUGAACAGUUGCCCAGGUAUCUAUCAGUGCUAGAAAAGGACUAGUUGGUCCAUUAUCAAAUAAUUGAACUUUUGAAUCUAAUCCAAUGUUGAGAGCAAACAAUGCCCAAUCUCUUCCUAAUGGGUGUACUGGAUCAAUGAGACGACUUAAUUCUUGACGACACAUGAUAUUUAAUUCUGUUAGUGGUAAACUAUCCGUACAAGAUAACAUGUUUUCCACCUAAAUUGGAUAUCAUAUAAUGUGUGAAUAUGAUACAAGAAUAAACUUGUAAUGUUAUGUAUUAUUAAUGGAAUAAAUAUUUACCUGGUCA